AGUCGCCACGCUAUACUGACAUUCCGAUAGAAGCACUGAUAACAAAUAUUGAUAUAUAUUUUUUGCUGUCCGUACGUUUGUGCUUUGUUACAUGAUUGGACGACAUCAAAGUGGUAACAGAUAGUUUUUUUAUUAAUUUACAUAUAACAUUUCUGUUAAGUGUGACAAGUGAAGUGUUGUGUUUGUUAAUAAUGACUGAAAUAAAGUUGUUUUAGACAUUUUCGUGAACAAAGUGUACUUUUAUAAUAGUUAACAUUUUUUUUAUGAAGUGAUUAUAAAAGAUUUCAACGCGUUUGAAGUAACAUAUAUCAUGGUUCUUUGGCCUACAAACAUACUAUAAAAAGUUAAAGUUACAAGCUACACAAGGUUUGACAAAUCCGGACAAAAUGUUAGCUCAUGCUGCGAAACGGAAAUCGCAGACCGCACGUGAAUGAUCGGGCCGUGGGUGGUGGGCGACCGUGGCAGAAAUGCAAGAGAUAUGCAACACCGCCGCGCUGCCGCUCGAUAGCAACCCCCUAGUGCGCAAGAUAAAAUGCGAAGAGUUCCCUGUCAGGAAACAGGCGAGAGUCGGGAUGGGCGUGCGCGAUGAUAUGGAGGACGAGUUCGCGGUGAAGACGCGGAACACUCCGCCGAUGGGGCCGGCGGCAGGAGUAGACGCGCGCAUGGAGCACGGCGGGAAUGGGUUCUGGCUGGCCGCGGUAACCGCCACCGGCGCGCCACAUCCCAUGCUUGACACAUGUACAGAGACCGGCUUCAUCAAUAGUCAGCCCUCGAUGGCUGAGUUCAUGACGGCGCUUCCGCAACUCGGCGCGGGAGAGCUGAGUCCGCAGCAUACGCCACCCGGCUACGGUCCCGACCUACCCUCGCCUGGUGGUGGACUAAAUGUCCCCGAGUAUCCCUGGAUGAAGGAGAAGAAAACGACGAGAAAAAGCAGUCAACAAGAAAACGGUUUGCCACGGAGGCUGCGGACAGCCUACACCAAUACGCAACUGCUAGAAUUAGAAAAAGAAUUCCAUUUUAAUAAAUACCUCUGUCGUCCCCGACGCAUCGAGAUAGCAGCCUCCCUAGAUCUAACUGAGCGACAGGUGAAAGUGUGGUUUCAAAAUAGACGAAUGAAACACAAACGUCAAACUCUUAGUAAAAGUGAAGACGGAGACGAUAAGGAUUCGACGACGUCUGAAGGUGGGAAGAGUUCAAAGGCAAGAGACAAAUUUCUCGACGACGAUGGGCCGCUCUCGGGGAAAAAGAGUUGCCAAGGCUGUGAGCUACCGCCGGGUGCUUUGUGCUCGCCUACCGAAGAUUUACCGGAGCUCACGUCACGAACGAGGAAUAAUAACACUCCUAGCGCGACUAACAAUAACAGCUUUGCGAGUGACGGCGCUUCGAGCGUAGCUUCGUCAUCUUCUCUAGAUAAGCUAGCAGAAGAUGACUCAAGAGAUGCGCAUCCAACCGCAUCGCUCGCUCCAGUACCACGUAACUUGGCGAAACGAAUCAAACAAGAAUCCAGAAAACGUUCGCCUUCAUUAGAUGCAACGGGUUGCAAAGUCUCACCAUCUUCUUCGAAGGAUGGCCUGGUGGCGCUCGGCGGUCUUACAGACGGCGGCAAAUUUUCGUCGGUGAGCUUAACCCCAUCUUCAACACCCGGGACUCCUUCGGGCAUGCAUCAAAGUCCACUUGGGCAUUAUCCAAGGCCAUCGCCGCCGAACGUGCCACCGGGAGCACCUCAUCCUCAAGCGGUACCUAAUGCGAUGCCACCAUAUGUUAUACGUGGCAACGUACCACCCGGCCAGUUCGGAUCUCAUGCUGAUUUUCGCAUGGAUUCGAAACAGUUCGGAAAAUUAGCUCAAUACCCUCAGGGCAAUAGAUCUUUUGACGCCUAUGGGACAACGUUACAAGGUGUCGAUCAACACACAUAUUCGCGCAGUCAGCAGCAUACUAGAACUCAAGAAGCCUCACCAUCGACUAGGUCUAGCAACGGAGUCGGAAGGCAAGCUUAUCCACAUGAGAUGUAUCAAAACUAUAGUUACACAGCAUAUGGUAAAGAGCAGGCGACCUACGGACACCCCGGAUACGAGCAGCCGCAGGGAUAUCCCAGCGAGCAUAUGGCAUACUCGAACAGUCACUACGGCUAUCAUUACCAUGAGAGCGGGCAACACGAACACGCGCACGCAUACUAUAGUGCGGACGGACAGAAGAGCGCUCCCAAUGAAUAUGGUAGAUGGAACGACGCAAGUAACUACAGCCAGCAGGCAGCUGUGACUCCGGCGGCGUACGGCCCUGCAGGCUCGCAGCCGCCCGCACCGGCCGAGGCCUACCCCGGAGGGAGCGAAUGCGCGGAUGGCUACGGCUCCUUCCAGCAGUUCUACGAGGCGACGCACGGCGCGCAGGCGGCCGGGGAAAACUCCAAUUCGUCGUCAGACUUCCAUUUUCUAAGCAAUCUCGCUAACGACUUCGCACCCGAAUACUACACCAUUUGAGAUAAGGACUUCGCCGAGCAGGCGAGCGAUCUAUUUGUUUGAAGCUUUCAAAUACGGUUAAUUGCGACUUGAAACUCAGUGACGCCGUAGGUGAUAUGGACAUAUAGAUGAAUCCUUUAAUCUUUGUACCGAUCGAUUUAAAUCUAUUGUUAUUAUUUGAUAUAUUCUAAGUGAAUUUGUAAUAAAAUGUAUAUAUUUAUGAAAUCUUAGCAUAUACUUUCUAAUAGAUUACACACGAUAUAAAUAUUUUUACUGAUACGUACUCGAUUAUUAAUAAGGUGCUGUUAUUUAACAACAGUCUCUGGUUAUUAUUAUUAAUGUAAAUAUAGAAGGUAUACUGUUUCUUAUUAUUUAAUAUACGACAAACAGACAACAUUUACGCAAUGUCUUUUAAAAAGCUUGGUAUAACAGCUUUCGCCGUUUGAUGGCAUCUUACGUACAAGUGUAAUAAUACUCAUAUAAAUUUCAUAUUUAAAAAUUAUACUUGACUUAUCUUCCUCAACCUAUCAAGUGUUCAAGUUAAUAGAUUGUGUAAAAUUGAAUUAUGAUUUGAAAACUUAUUAAAAAAAAAAUUGUUUAAAAAUU